GGCCGCGGGAGGAGCGGCCGGCUGCCGGGCUUUCCGCCCUGCGCUGCGCGGCCGCCCCCACCGGAGCCGCCCUGCCUGCUGAGGAGGCGGCGCGGACCCGCUCCAGAGUAACUUGAAUUGGAAAGGAUCCCUGGAUGCCAUCUGAUCUAAGCUCUGCUCCAAUCAGCUGUGAUAGACAAAAUGUCAGUAGAAUAAGUGACCUACCCUACAGAACUUGCCAUGAACCAUUUGGUUGGACCACCUGAGGGGGAGGUCAGUGAAGAGCCAGCGAAUGGAGCAGUGAAUGAGUCAGUGGAGGCUGAUUUGGAGCACUCAGAAGUGGAAGAGGAGCAGAGGUAUGUGACUCACUACCCAAGGCAUACAAACAGCAUCCAAGCAAGCCUGUCUGGGCAGGAGGAGGAAGGGAUGUUAGCUCGGUCAGCCAGCACGGAGAGUGGUUUCCACAAUCACACGGAUACUGCAGAAGGGGAUGUGAUAGCCACAGUGGAGGACAGUUACGACACAGAGAGGGUGCAGGAGAAUGAGGAUGAGAGCGCGUAUGCAGUGCAGUACAGGCCAGAGUCUGAGGAGUACACGGAGAACGCUGAGGCUGAGCAUGGCGAGGCCAUUCAUAACCGAACAUUGCCCAAUCACUUACACUUCCAUUCCAUUGAGCACGAGGAAGCCAUGAAUGCGGCCUACUCAGGUUAUGUCUACACACAUCGUCUCUUCCACCGAGGAGAGGAUGAGCAGUAUGCUGAGGCUUACGCUGACUACGGACUGCAGGAGCAUGUAUAUGAGGAAAUAGGAGAUACACCAGACCUCGAUGUUAGGGAGGGGAUCCAACAGUAUGAGCGGGAAAGGGAGGAAGCCGACAAUUACCGUAAGGAGGCACUUGGUGCCCGCCUUCACCACUACGAUGAGCGGUCGGAUGGAGAGUCUGACAGCCCUGAAAAGGAAGCAGAAUUUGCACCCUACCCAAGAAUGGAUAGCUAUGAACAGGAGGAGGACAUUGAUCAGAUUGUAGCAGAGGUGAAGCAGAGCAUGAGCUCCCAGAGCUUAGACAAGGCAGCUGAAGACAUGCCAGAGUCAGAGCAGAGUUUGGAGCAUGGUCAGGCUCUUGUCAGUGGUGGGCAUGAAAGUAAUGGCCAGCUCACAUCUGGUUCUCGAGUUACAUCCAGCUCAGGAGAAUCUGUACAGAGGUACAGCAAGGAAAAGAGAGAUGCAAUUUCACUGGCCAUCAAGGAUAUUAAAGAGGCUAUUGAGGAAGUGAAGACAAGGACCAUCCGUUCUCCAUAUACCCCUGAUGAACCUAAGGAGCCUAUCUGGGUGAUGCGGCAGGACAUCAGUCCAUCCAGAGAUUCUGACGACCAGAGACCACUAGAUGGAGAUUCUCCAUCUCCAGAUUCCUCUUCACCUCGGGGUGCUGAAUCAUCAAGUAGGCAACAUCACCAGGAUGUCUGCAGUACAGCAGAGGCCUCCACUAAUAAAGAGUCCAGAAAAAGCUUGGCUUCAUUUCCGACGUAUGUUGAAGUUCCCGGACCUUGUGAUCCUGAAGACUUAAUCGAUGGAAUCAUUUUUGCUGCCAAUUACCUUGGUUCAACUCAACUGCUUUCUGAUAAAACUCCCUCCAAGAAUGUGAGAAUGAUGCAAGCUCAGGAAGCUGUCAGCAGAAUCAAGAUGGCCCAGAAAUUAGCCAAAAGCAGGAAGAAGGCUCCAGAAGGUGAAUCUCAACCCAUGACUGAAGUAGACCUCUUCAUUUCUACACAGAGAAUAAAAGUACUGAAUGCAGACACACAGGAAACCAUGAUGGAUCAUCCCCUGCGGACCAUUUCUUACAUUGCUGAUAUAGGAAAUAUAGUUGUUUUGAUGGCUCGUAGGCGAAUGCCACGGUCUAACUCCCAGGAUAAUGUGGAAGCAUCUCACCCUUCCCAAGACGGAAAGAGACAGUACAAAAUGAUUUGCCAUGUCUUUGAGUCUGAGGAUGCGCAGCUGAUUGCACAGUCCAUAGGUCAAGCAUUUAGUGUGGCCUACCAAGAAUUUCUGAGGGCAAAUGGAAUCAACCCAGAAGACCUUAGCCAGAAGGAAUAUAGCGACUUGCUCAAUACCCAGGAUAUGUACAAUGAUGACCUGAUUCACUUCUCGAAGUCUGAAAAUUGCAAAGAUGUUUACAUUGAAAAGCAAAAGGGAGAAAUCCUAGGUGUGGUGAUUGUGGAGUCUGGCUGGGGCUCCAUUUUGCCUACAGUUAUCAUAGCGAACAUGAUGCAUGGAGGACCGGCAGAGAAGUCUGGGAAGCUGAACAUAGGAGACCAGAUCAUGUCAAUCAAUGGGACCAGUUUAGUUGGUUUACCACUCUCAACAUGUCAGAGCAUCAUAAAGGGUUUGAAAAAUCAGGCCCGAGUUAAACUGAACAUCGUUAGAUGUCCUCCAGUAACCACAGUCUUGAUCAGAAGACCAGACCUCAGAUAUCAAUUGGGCUUCAGUGUGCAGAAUGGCAUUAUCUGUAGCCUUAUGAGAGGGGGUAUAGCAGAGCGAGGAGGUGUGCGUGUUGGCCAUCGGAUUAUUGAAAUCAACGGGCAGAGUGUUGUAGCAACACCCCAUGAGAAAAUUGUUCACAUCCUCUCAAAUGCUGUUGGUGAGAUUCAUAUGAAGACUAUGCCAGCUGCCAUGUACAGACUGUUGACUGCGCAAGAGCAACCAGUUUACAUCUAAAGCCGACACCUCACCGUCACAACGUGCAUGGAAGAUGUUUUUCCCCAUUAGUGCUUGUCUCUCUAGUGCUGCAUUUGUGUGUCUGCAGAGACAUUUCUUUCUCUCUCCCCCCUUCACAGACACAAAUACACUGUCACUCUCUCCUCUAUCCUUUUUUCCUCUUCUCCCCACCACUUUUCUGUAUUUUGGGAAGGGGCAAAAUACAUCUAUGGAACAAUUUUGGUUGCAUCUUUUUACAAGUGAAACUUCAUGUAGCUCCACAUGCAAAACAGGAAAAUUACAGCUGCACUGUCCACAGAGUAUUCACAAAUGGCUCUGUUUCAUGCUAACGUAAUUUUGUGGCUAUAAUUUGAGUAACAGAUAAAAGUAUAGGGUACAAAGCGUUCUCUUGGACAUCCUGCAUGUGACUUUGCUUUUCUUGUCCUAUUUUCCCACGGGCACUGAGCUCAGUACUAAAGGUUUAUGUCUAUAGGGAAAGUGGAAUACCAAAAGUAUAGUUUUGCCCUCAGGAAGAAUUGCCUGCUUAUGAAGACUCAGUAAAUGCUGCUGUUGUAAAAUUAAUUGUCCUAAUACACACCUUUCAAUUCCCCUCUGUCAUCAAUUCUUCAUGAUAGUAGGACCCGAAAAAGUACUCUGUGAAUCACUGAAACAUGUUAUACUUCUAUUACUUACACUAAGAAAUUUGGGAGGCAUUUUUUACAGCAGUCUCCCAGUCUCUGCCCCCAGAUUUCUAACUCCCUGUUUUCUUCUGCUUUGUUUUUAAAUGCAACAUGUCUUUUAUAGUCCCUGCCCAUUUUAGAGGUUAAAGUGGAGGGGAGGAUCAUUAAAUAUCCACAACAGAAAUAGUAAGGGGAUUUCCUGAAUAGCUACACUUUUUCUAGGCUCUUAAUUCCGAAUUUGGUGCACAUAGCCACGUGUGCCACUGUAUAUAGACAUUUUUAAAAUUGUGCUUGCUAUUUAUGAAGUUUGAAUAUAAGAGAUCUGCAGACUAUUCUAAGUAAUUUUGUUCUCUGAGCCAGUUUUAACAAAUAUUUUUGUCCAAAGACUGUCUGAUUUUAUUGAAUUCCUCUUUAGUUCAAG